GAACCUCUGACCGAGUUCCGGCGGAAGUACGGAUCACGGCCUUGUCACAAAAGAAAUGGCGAGCGGAGUCGGUAAACACAAAAUCCUGAACGUGGGUCCGACGGAGGCAUGGUCGGUCAGGGAGAAGCUCUGCCUGGCCUCCUCCGUCAUGAGGAGUGGCGACCAGAACUGGGUGUCGGUGAGCAGAGCCAUCAAGCCUUUCUCAGAGACCGGACGGCCUCCCGACUGGUUUUCCCAGAAGCACUGUGCCUCUCAAUACUCUGAGCUGCUGGAAGCCACAGAAGCCCCCAAGCGUAAGCGCGGCGAGAAGGGCGAGGUGGUGGAAACCAUCGAGGAUGUGAUCGUACGCAGACUGACGGCCGAGAGGAUAGAAGAGCUGAAGAAACUACUGCGAGACACACAGGAACAGUAUAGGAAGUUGAAAAAGGACGUGGACCUGAUCCAGACGGGCCACAUGGACGUCCAGCUGAAGGAGCUGUGGACCGACAUGACGCUAAAGAAGAAACAAGAAGAAGACGAGGCCGAGCAGAAGAGAAAAGCCACUGAGAAUGCUUUUCAGGCUCGCCAGGCCAUGAAGAACACACCUAAACGGGUGCCCAGCGUUACGGUGCGCUCUCCGCUGGGUGCCAGCCCCCCAGGCCUGGAGCCGCCGGCAGAACCCGCCGCCCCCACGCCCCCCACAGACCCCAGCCCCACCCCAACCUCCACCCCCACCUCCGUCGGCCCCUCCUCCGAGGACACGGGCAGCCACCACACUUCCCAGGGAGUCGGAGUGUUCCUGCCCGUCUCAGAGCCCCCGGGGGUCGGGCCUAAAGACGGAAGCCUGGGCCCUCUGGUAGACGACUCCCCGCAAAAGAGGUGCCUCACCCUGAAGGCCACGCCGCCACCCUCCCCCCUGCUCUCUGAGCUGCUCAAGAAGGGCAACCUCAUCUCCGCCAGCCCCCGCCUGGUAGCGGAGGGCGACCUGACAGCCAGCCUGUCCAAUGGAGUGCAGACAGCCACGGCGACUGUUCCCAUGCCAACCAGCCUGCAUGACAUCACCGCUGAGGGGGAGGCGGAGGCCGGGGUGAAGGCGGAGCUGGGGGCAGAGCCGGGCCUGGUGGAGGAGGACCUGGUGGCCGUGUCCUACAUGGGGGACGAGCUGGACCUGGAGACGGUGGGGGACAUCAUCGCCAUCAUCGAGGAGAAGGUGGAUGACUCCGUGGAGGCGUUGGACGCGGCGGCGGUGGAGGAGGCGCUCUCCCUCUGCGAGGAGGCCGACUCCGGGUCCCACCCGCUACCGGGCCCCUGGGAGACCCAGACCCAGGACUCUGAGCCCGGGAGCCCCGUCCUGGGCCCCCUCCAAGGGUCCGAGCAGGAGCCCCCGGGGCCGGCCGUGGCCCCGGCCGUCUCCCCGGGCCCCGCCCGCGCCGAGACCCCCGUUCCGCCGGAGCCGGCGGGGGACCAGCAGCCCCCGGCCGGCAGGGAGGGGCCGGAGGCGGCGGGGAACGAUGAGGUCACUUCCUCCAUGGCCUCUGACGACUGCACCAUGGGGGGCGAGGAGGUGGUGGUGAAGAGCGAGGGGGAGGAGUGGAGCCAGCAGGAGGUCAACCCGCCCUGUCUGGACUCUGAGGACAGCUCUGUGUCGGGGAAAGAGUCAAAGGAGGUGAAGGAGGAGGACCCGGGCAGCGAGGCGGAAGAGAGCAUGGAGCUGAAGGAGGAGUGUGGCGAGGGGGAGGGGCCCUACCUGUCGGAGGUGGAGCGGGCGGCCAGCGAGAGCGAGGACGGCUACGGCCCCUCCUCCCAGCGCUACACCACGGCCGACUCGCUGGCCAGCAGCCCCGCCUCGUCCUCUCAGUUCUCUACGUGCGGGGAGGACCAGGAGGCCGUCCAGGCCCAGAAGAUCUGGAAGAAGGCCAUCAUGUUGGUGUGGAGGGCGGCGGCCAAUCACAGGUACGCCAGCGUGUUCCUGCAACCCGUGUCAGAUGACAUCGCCCCGGGGUAUCAUAGCAUAGUGCACAGGCCCAUGGACCUGUCGGCCAUCAAGAAGAACAUCGAGGCGGGGGUGAUCCGCACCACGGCUGAGUUCCAGCGCGACAUCAUGCUGAUGUUCCAGAACGCCGUCAUGUACAACUCGUCGGACCACGACGUGUACCACAUGGCGCUGGAGAUGCAGCGCGACGUGCUGGAGCACGUGCAGCAGUUCCUCGCCACGCAGCUCAUCAUGCAGACCUCGGAGAGCGCCAUCUCCACCAAGAGCCUGCGGGGCCGCGAGGGCGGCCGCAAGCCCGGGGAGCCCGCCGAGAAGGACAGUGUCCCAAUGGCCUCACCUGCUUUCCUUCUCUCUCUCUUUGACGGGGGCACCAGGGGCCGCCGCAGCGCCAUGGAGGCUGACCUCAAGAUGAAGAAGUAGAGAAGAAUCACCAGACCUCGGAGCGAGACGGCUGAGAGACCUCCAGAGAG